AUGGGUGAAGCUACCGUGAACGGUGACCUUCCUCACUCUGCCAUCCUCUCUCACCUCCAAUCCUAUCCUCUAGUGUCCGACUCGAUCAAGACGAUCAAGGAGAACCCUUACGGAGCCAAGUCCAUCGACCUCACCAACGCCGGCUACACGAAAUUCGUCAAGCCUACCCUGCCAUACUUUCAAACCCCCGCGUCCUAUGCGAAGCCGUACGUGGCCAAGGCGGACGAGUUGGGUGACAAGUUCUUGAGCAAGUUCGACGAGCGCGUCCCCCUUGUCAAGUCCGAGACCAAGGAGAUUCAAGAUACGUUGGUCACGUACAUCCACUGGCCUCUCGACACCGCGAACAACACCAAGGACUGGGCGUUCAAGACCUACAGCGACGAAUACAAGAAGUGUGGCGGUGAGGGAGUCGUGGCCGGUGGCAAGGCGGUCGUCACCACCGGUCUCGUCCUGACCAGCGACGUCCUCAAGUGGAUCAGCAACUUCUUGCAGCAGAAGAAGGAGGAGGCCAAGGAGGUUGUCGCCCAGGACAAGUCGACGUCGAAAUAG